AUGUCUUCCUGGUUUUGCUGCCAGUGCGGUGAUGGUGCAAACACUUCCCUGAUGCCUUCAUGCCCCAUCUACAAUUGCGGUCAUAGGAGGUGUGGUUGCUGCCAGUCUGUUCACAACAACUACAGCAACAACAACAAUGAGAAUUACGCACACUCAUCCAGCCGCCACCACUACCAGCACACCGCACCUCUUCCAAAGGGAUCCGGCUAUCCGAACGCAAGCAGUUCCCGCUACACACAGUGCCCUGUUGAACGCCCUGAACGCCCGAAGAUUUGGCGGUGGAUUUGCUGCAAGUGCGGCGGAGACAACAGUUGCAAGACUGAUGAUGGAUGCGCUAAUUGCUACAACCACUGGCGCGAUGCUAAGUGCAUAUUGUAUGAUGCUAGUACUCAAUAA